AUGUUCUAUACCGUAAACAAACUAACACACAGACCAUCAACAGUGAGCCAAAUCAUGCGAAACAACACGCCAAACGAAGACCACCAAACCUUUUACUCCCUCCCUCACUCCCCUCGCACCAUCUUCCUCUCCAUCAGCUGUGCAGACACCUACAUCCUCAUGAAUAACCUCACCAAGCCCGUAUCCCCCUUCAUGUGCCAUAUCUCAAGCUUCAUUUGCGCUGCGAGUCUCAGCGUGAUCCUGUCAUCUUGUGCCUAUGCUGUUGUUUUCGACUCAGAGACGGUUUAUACCACGAAGAGACGGGUUGAAGGAAAAUGA